AUGGACCGGCGUUGCACCUUCGUGGCUCUUGGGGGAGGCGUCGUCGGCGACAUGACUGGCUUCGCCGCGGCCUCGUACCUACGAGGCGUCAAUUUCAUCCAGAUUCCCACCACCGUCAUGUCUCAGGUAUGCUCCCUUCCUCCGCCCAAGAAGCUCCUAUUCUCUCUCUCUUCCCCCUUCGUCUCAUUGAAGCUUUCUAUAUCGUUACGUAUUGUUCGUCUGCCGUUCCCCUUCUGUCCAUCUCCCCUCCCGUCCGUCUCCCUUGCUUACCGUAGUCCAUUCGCCUUGAACCCUUCCUCGCUCUCUCUCAUUCACCCAGACCCGUUUUCAUGCGUUUAUUCUUUUCUCUUUUCUCUUCUCUCGUUUCUCUCCUGUGCUUAUGUCCAGGUGGACUCGUCGGUGGGGGGCAAGACAGGUGUCAACCACCGGUUGGGCAAGAACAUGAUAGGCGCGUUCUACCAGCCGCAGUGCGUGCUGAUCGACACCGACACGCUCGCGUCGCUCCCCAACAGGGAGCUCGCGUCGGGCCUGGCGGAGGUGAUUAAGUACGGGCUCAUUCGCGACGCGGAGUUCUUCGAGUGGCAGGAGGAGAACAUGGACCGGCUGUUGGCGAGAGAUGCUGGAGUUGGGCCUGCCGCGGAGGUGAUAAAGUACGGGCUCAUCCGAGACGCCAAGUUCUUCGAGUGGCAGGAGGAGAACAUGGACCGGCUGUUGGCGAGGGACCCGGCAGCACUGGCAUUUGCGAUCAAGCGGUCGUGUGAGAACAAGGCAGCAGUGGUGGCGGCUGAUGAGAAAGAGGGCGGCCUCAGAGCCACUCUCAACCUUGGCCACACCUUCGGCCAUGCCAUAGAGAACGGAUUAGGAUAUGGCGAGUGGCUGCAUGGGGAGGCGGUGGCAGCAGGCACGGUGAUGGCAGCACACAUGUCGCACCGCAUGGGGUGGAUCGACUUGGCUCUGAGGGAUCGCAUCACUGCUAUCAUCAAGAAGGCCCGGCUGCCCACGCGGCCCCCGUCUGCUGUCACCAAGGAGCAGUUUAGAAGCCUCAUGGCGGUACGUGCGUGUGUGAGGGGUAAGAGGAGAGGGAGGAAGGGGGCUGUGCAAGUAGUGAGUGAACAGACAUUCCUCAUUUUCUCCCCGAUUGCUGUCACUAAGGAGCAGUUCAGAAGCCUCAUGGUGGUGGAUAAGAAGGUAGCGGACGGCCAGCUGCGUCUUAUUCUGCUGAAGGGUUCAUUGGGCGACUGUGUUUUCACCGUGCCGGAAGCGGAGCUGAUCGCGGCGCUUGCGGGUGCUGUUGCACAGUCGCAGGUGAGCUUCCAGACUGUUUCAAGCUCGAUUGCAGAGCCGAUAGCGGCGCUUGCUGGUGCCGUCGCACAGUCGCAGGCAAAACUCCUUGCCAGCGUCAGCAGCAGCUUUGGGGAUGCAGUGACACGUGUCCAGAAGCUUAUCCAACCGUCGCCUCCGGGGCUGCCACCUGGACCUUCUGAUGACUCAGCAGUCAGGCUGGCGUCAGAUCCACUCGCCUUCCUGGAUGACGUGGCCAGGGACUAUCCAGGCGGCAUUGCCACUGUCAGAUCGGCGGGCACAGCAUUUUUCCCCGGCAGCAGCUUGACGGGGAACGGGCUGCUGGUGAGCGAUGGGGAGGUGUGGAAGAGGCAACGCCGGCUGUCCAACGCUGCCUUCAGAAAGGCCGCCAUUCAAUCAUAUGCCACGGCCAUGGCGGAGUUGGCUGAUGACAUGGCCAUGGCGGAGCUGGCUGAUGACAUGGCCAUGGCGGAGUUGGCUGAUGACAUGGUGGGAGGCACGUGGACGGAUAGCCUAGUAGGACGAGGAGGACGAGGAGGGAGGGAUGGGGUGGUGCAAGGUGGUGUGGUGAGGGACGUGUAUGGGGACUUCAACGAGCUGACCAUGAAAAUCGUGGUGGCGGCGCUGUUUGGCGGGGGCGGGCUGGGGGGAGCAGCGGUGGAGCAGGUGGGACCAGCCAUCUCCACGGCCUUUGACUUCUUUGCCAAGCGUGCCACCAGCAUGCUCAUCAUCCCCGAGUGGUUCCCUACCCUCGACAAUCUCCAGUACACGGCAGCAGUGCAGCGCCUGGACGGGGUGGUGUAUCGGCUAAUAGAGGAGAGGAGGAAGGAGAUGGCAGGGUGGGCUGCCACACGGGGGACUGCACAGGGAGGAGGCGAUGAGGGGAAGGACCUGCUCACAAGAUUGCUGCUGGCGCGGGAUGAGGACGGCUCGGGAAUGGACGACCAGUCACUCAGAGACGAGCUCAUGACUCUGCUGGUUGCGGGCCAGGAGACAUCGGCCAUCCUGCUGGCGUGGGUGUGUGUGCAGCUGGCGAUGCAUCCGGAGGAGCAGAGGCGGGCAGCAGAGGAGGUGUGGGAGGUGCUGGGAGGGCAGAGCCCCACUCACGCUGACGUUCCCAAGCUCAAGUACCUGGAGGCAGUGAUACAGGAGACGCUGCGGCUGAUGCCGCCUGCAUACAUUGUGGGGCGCUGUGCAUGCCGAGACACGCGCCUGGGGGAGUGGCGCGUGCCCCACGGCACCACGGUGCUUGUCAGCCCGUACCUGCUGCACCGCGACCCACAACAGUGGCCCAGAGCUCUCACCUUUGACCCAUCGCGCUGGCUACCAGGGGGAGACGCCCUUCCACCAGCUGACAACCCCGCCUACUGGCCGUUCGGAGGGGGUCCCAGGAACUGCAUUGGCAUGGGCUUCGCGCUGCUCGAAGCCUCCCUCGUCCUCGCCCGCAUUCUCCAGUCCUACUCGCUCUCUCUCCCCGCGGGCUCUCCCCCUCCCGUGCCCCGCGCUAUGAUCACCCUGCGACCCGCUGGGGAGGUGAAUCUGCUGCUCACGCCACUUGCUCCUCACCCACCAGAGGAAAAGGUGACUGGAUCUCGUUCUGCUGGGACAGCCGGGCCAGCAGCAGCGGAACCUGCUGGAACGGCAGCAGCAGCAGCAGCAGCAGGAACAGCAGCAUCACCAGCACCAGCAGCAGCAGCAGCAGCAGUAGCAGCAGCAGCACCAACACAAGCGUUGCCAGCGGUGGCAGAAGAUGCAGCUACCUACGGUAGAGCUCGCAGCAAGGGUUUAGGUGGGAAGGCAGAAACGACUGCUGCAUCAACUUAA